CAGUUGGCAAUGGGCAAAAUGUAGGGGAAAAUGUGAAAGUCACUAAAAGUUUACUGUAAAUAAAAAAUAAAAAAUAAUAAUUGUUAUUCUUGGUUUUUGUGAUAUUUUUUGUGUAUUGUAUUAGUUUUUGGUUAUUAUUAGACCAAAAAACUGAAGAUGUUAAAAUGAAUCUUGUUUUCACUACCUACCACUGCCAAACUUUUUCAAUCAAGUGAUUAAUAAGUGGAAAAAUGUCUUGUAAUUAUGCCGACGGGUUGUCUCCUUAUGAGCAUAAGGGGGUGUUGGGAGCCCCUGAGCGCUUUGACCCCCCCGAAAAAGUACAAGAAAAAUGCGAGAUCUUAGCAGACUGGAUUAAAAACGCAAGACAUGUUGUAGUACACACCGGUGCUGGUAUUAGCACUUCUGCCGGGAUCCCCGAUUUUAGGGGCCCCAACGGCGUCUGGACUUUGGAAAAGCAAGGCAAGAAGCCAACCAUUGAUAUUUCUUUCAAAGACGCGAUUCCAACAAAAACUCACAUGGCUAUAAAAAAACUUGUUGAAGAAAAUUACGUUCAUUAUAUAAUUAGCCAAAAUAUUGAUGGUUUGCAUUUGAGGAGUGGAAUCAGCAGGAAAUUUAUUGCAGAAUUGCAUGGAAAUAUGUUCGUUGAACAAUGUAAUUUUUGUGACAGUCAGUUUGUGAGGAAUUUACCAACUGCAACUGUUGGAAAAAAAUGUCUUGAGACUAAUUGUAAGAGAAUACUCAGGGGGAGACCUUGUAGAGGAAAAUUGUGUGAUACAAUACUUGAUUGGGAACACAAUUUGCCCAAUAAAGAUUUAGAAAUGUCAGACUACCAUUCCAGUGUGGCAGAUUUAAAUAUUUGUUUAGGCACAACCUUGCAAAUUGUUCCUAGCGGCAAUUUACCACUCAGGUGCAAAAAAUUUGGAGGAAAAGUUGUUAUAAUUAACUUGCAACCAACAAAACAUGACAAAAAGGCUGAUUUAAUUAUUAACACUUACGUUGAUGAUGUGUUGGAAAAGGUCAUGAAAAGACUGGGAUUGGAAAUUGUCGAAUAUUGUGAAAAAUAUGAUCCUACAAGAAUGAAUCCAUAUGAAACUCUUAAUUGGAACAUCACAAAAUGCAACAUUAAAGAAAUUAAAGCCAUGUAUGAUUUGUAUUGUAAGAAAACGAAGAAGAGGAAAUUGGAAAUCAAAAAACAGUUUGACCUCAAAAUUAAAAAAGAGGAGAAACCCGAAAUUAUCGAUUUAACAUAAGUUUUAUAUUAAAAUAAAGACACCAAACUAU